AAGCUGCUUUAACAACAACACUGAACUGUCAGCAGCAACUUCUGCUUUCAUUGCGCUGCACUGAUUAGGACAUACUGACUCUGGAUAAAACUCACACAUCUCUGCCGUGACAGUAGCGUACAGUUAUGCGGACUAUUUUCGAUUUAACGCAUCACACACGUCUUGGACUUUUAAUGGCGGACAGAGUGACACACGGUGUUUAAAAGGGAACGAUCCUCCCUAGCCAGAGGAGGUGAAGCAUCAAAACAGGAAUGGAAAUGCGUUUGGAGUCUGGAAAGUAAUUGAUUCUUGUAAGUGAACUCAAGACAAGAACGAUGGAAAAAUGUUGAUAAGAAUGACUUCGCUGUGCUGUGGAGUGAAGAGUGGGAAGUGAUGCAGAACAGGGACGAGAGCUCUGAGGGUGAGCGGGCCCCCACACCUCCAGAGCGAGGACUGCUGCACAUCUGGAGGUCAGGGGGCCUUGGUGAACAGCUCAGCCCAGAGAGAGUGCUGCUGUCCAGGCCUGUACUACAGGCUGCACUGGGAGAACACCACGGACUCCUGCUGACGCAAGGAGGUCUGGUCUAUUCCUUUGGAGAGCUUUUAUGGAGGGACCUCAGUGUCCCGGUGUCAGCCCCGGUGCUGGAGGUCGCCUUACAGGGGAAGACGGUGGUUCGAGUGGCCGCUGGUGGUUUCCACUGUGGAGCCCUGAGUGAGCAGGGCAGCGUCUAUAUGUGGGGGGAAAAUACUGCAGGACAAUGUGGGCAAACUGAGAAAGGCACGGCCACCAACAUCACAGUUUCAGAGCCAUGUCCAGUCAGUGUUGUGGACAGCGAGGUUGUUCCUCCAGUGACAGUUCGGAUUAUCGAUCUGGUCUGUGGACGUGAACACAGCCUGGCUUUGUCGGCCCAGAAUGAGCUGUGGGCCUGGGGCAGUGGCUGCCAGCUCGGCCUUGUCACAAAUACCUUUCCUGUUUGGAAACCACAGAAGGUGGAGCACUUGGCAGGCCGACAUGUGAUUCAGGUGGCUUGUGGGGCCUAUCACAGCUUGGCCCUUGUUCGCAGUUUGCCUCCACAGAACUUCAAUACCCAGAAUCCCCCUGAGAAGAAGGAGCGAGGCCAGUCACCUCACAGCUCUGUGACAGAUAGAGCAGAACCGUCUGUAGUAGACGAUGCUCACUACUGUCCACUGGGAGUGGAGCUAUCUGAGGUCAUCACCGGGGAGGCCUGUCCCAGAAGAAGAAUUCCCAGACGAAAACGUGUUGCUGGAGGAAGUUCAGCGAGUAGCAGCCCUGGUUCUGGAGCUGGUUCCUAUCCACGUUCUGAUGAUGGGAAACUGAACUCUGAACAGAAGGAUCUACCUGCUGACCCUCUGACCCAAACAGACGGGUGCCCCAGAUCCCAUAUACUCUCAGGAUGGAGAGCCAAUAAGAACUCAGCCCUUACUAAUGAGACUGAGCUCCAGAACCUCCUCCAGAAACUGUCCGGUCACUCAUUGGAGACUCGGCAAACAGCAGUUUCAGGAGAUACUGACUCCCUGAGCAGCCACACGUCGGAUGACAGCUGCGCAUCUUCAGCACCUUCUUCAGAUUUAUUCGCUUCCAGUUACAAAGAAGACUCACCGACUAAGAGUAAAACUAACAAUGGUGGCGUUUCUGGGAGUUACUCCUCUUCCCCAGGGUGUUUGGAGGACAUUCGGCUUCGUCUGAAGGCGGAGGGGGAGGCACUGCAGGGCCAGAAGAGCUCCAGUCUCACAGAUAUCAGCCAGAGGGAGAAAACAACCUCAAACAGGAGGCGCUCCCUCCCUGGAACACCCACCCAUGGUUCUCCACGGCGGCGGCGCCCAUGUGCCUGCAGGCGGUCCUCUGCUGGUCGGACCCAGGCUGCAGCGCCGGAGGAGGCAGGAGACGGGCUGCCUUCUCUGGAUACGGAGGUGUGGAGCUGGGGCCGGGGGUCUGAGGGCCAACUUGGCCAUGGGGAUCAGCUCGCCAGACUCCAGCCUCUGUGUAUUAAGUCUCUGACAGGCGAGGAGGUGAUCAAAGUGGCUGCAGGGUCCCACCAUUCACUGGCUGUCACUGCUCAGUGUCAGGUGUACUCAUGGGGCAGCAACAUGUGUGGUCAGCUCGGUCACGUCAACAGCCCUGUCACUGUCCCCAAACAGGCCAAGCUCUCAGAGGGUCUUCGUGUUUGGGGCGUAUCGGCGGGUCAGAGCCACUCCCUGCUCCUGGCGGAUGGAGACUGUGUCCAGCCGGUCCUGUUGUACUGUGGCCAACAGCAAGAGUCGACACCAGCGCAGAAUGAGAGGUCAAACCAGAGUCAAAGGUCAUCUAAGAGGUCACCCAACAGGGCGGAGAGUUACACAGUCAGACCCACACUGAUGCCCGUCUGCAUGGAGAUGGGUUACAUCAGCAGCGUGUACAGCGGAGGCCAGAGCUGUGCAGUUCUUGCAGACCAGAACAUCAUGGGUUUCAUCUCCGCCAUCCAUGAACUGGCCUCCAGAGAGAGACAGUUCUACUGCUGGUUAAGCAGCGUUAAGAAGCUCCUUCUCACUCCCAUACGUAACCGAGAGAGUUCGUAUUCAUCCUUGGGUGAGCCAUGCACUCAUCUUUUCUUCGAUCUGUGUGAGAAAUUUGCCCGCCUCAGCGUCCUGAUUGGUCGCCACUCCACAUCGCUCAGCUAUUUCCUACACGACGUGCAGGGAUGUGACGUCACUUUGCUUCCACUGCUGAUGCACACCGAACAUUUCCUGGAUGUUUUUAAAGAGUAUUGUUCUUCUGUAGGAGACUUCCAGGUAAUGGGUGGAUUCCAGUCGCUUCAUAAACUCUCACUUGAGUGUUUAGGAUCUCAGCAGGCCUGGCCAUCUCAGCUGUGUCCAUCAGACCAGUCCACCAGCGGGGACCUCGACCUGGUUUCGUUGUUGUACUGGCCUUUGCAGCAGCUCCACCAGUACAGCCGAGUCCUACUCAAACUGGCAUCAUGUUAUGACGUGCUGACUGUUGAGUAUCAGUCCCUUCAUCAGGGCUGUAGUCAGUACGAGGCCCUGUCUUUAUCUCUGCUGAGGAAGAAGAAGGAUGCUGAGACUACCUUCAUCUUCUGGAAGACCCACUCAGGAAAAACUACUGAGUUUCUGCGUCUCCCACAGAGACGUGUGAUGUGCGAAAGCAGCAACAGAUCUCUAACUGUGCAGAACGCCGGGCGCUUUUCCAACCACUGGUUCAUACUGUUCAACGACGCCCUGGUGCACACACAGGGUGCUAUUCCCUCUCAGAGCCUUUUCUCCACUCAUCAUGUUUAUCCUCUGACUUGUCUGUGGGUUAAACCAGUCACAGAAAACACCACCGGAGUCUAUGCCAUCAAGAUUACAUGCCCAGAGGAGAAUUUCACGCUGGUGGCUUCAACACCCCAAGAAAAGAACAAGUGGCUGCGAUCUCUGAACCAGGCUGUGGAUCAGAUUCUUGGUGGUGGAGGUCAAGGGUCAUCGCCAGGGGUGACGGCAAUGACUCGCACGGCCUCCUACAAAUUUACUGGAGAGGGACGAUUCAAGGAUGCUCAGUACACUGGGAGCUGGCUGGCAGGAAGAAUUAAUGGCAGAGGAACCAUGAAGUGGCCUGAUGGACGGACCUACAGCGGGAACUUUAAGAACGGACUGGAGGACGGCUAUGGAGAGUGUAUAAUGCCCAACAAACUACUAAAUAAACCAGACAGUUACCUGGGACAGUGGAGGGAUGGCAAGAUCCACGGGUUUGGCAAAUACAAAUAUGCCAGUGGUGAGGUGUACGAAGGCUGCUUCUGCGACGGUCAGCGUCAUGGUUAUGGAAUGCUCAGCUCAGGGAAACUGGCCAGAACAUCCUCCAGCGUUUUCAUUGGUCAAUGGGUUCAUGACAGAAAGACUGGAUACGGGGUCUACGAUGACAUCACCAGAGGUGAGAAGUACAUGGGACUGUGGCUGGAUGACCAGCGACACGGGAACGCUGUGGUCGUCACCCAGUACGGUGUGUACUAUGAAGGAACCUUCAAAGACAACAAGAUGAGUGGCCCAGGUCUGUUGGUGUCAGAUGACGACACAGCUUUCCAUGCUGAGUUUUCAGAUGACUGGACUGUUAAUGGGAAGGGCGUUUUAACCCUGGCGAAUGGCGACUGUUUAGACGGCCUCUUCAGCGGAGAGUGGAAUACGGGACUGAAAGUGGUCGGGACAUACAUUAAACCAGUGGUUGAUGAAACUGAAAACAAAGACAGAAACAGUCUGCUUAGGUUGGGUCAGUAUGCGGUGGCUGCAGGUCAGAGGUGGAGCUGUGUGUUUGAAGAAUGUUGGAGUCGACUGGGUUGUGACGCCGCUGGAAAAGGAGACAGGACGGUAGCCUGGGAAAACAUCGCUGUAACUAUAACAACCGCGCGGCGACACAGUCCAGACCUCAACAGGUCACAGACUAAAAUACUGGAGAGUUUGGAGUUCAUUCCUCAUCAUGGAGACCCAGUCACCACAUCGAACUACGACAACAUACGGAGAUACCUCACCAAGGCUUGUGAGACCCCCCUCCACCCUCUGGGCUGGCUGGUGGAGACGCUGGUCACGGUCUACAGGAUGACUUAUGUUGGGGUGGGAUCCAACCGCAGGCUGCUCAGGCAGGCCGUCCUGGAGGUCCAGGCAUACCUCACACACUUCUACAGCAUCAUCAGGUUUCUGUUUCCAGGUUUACCAGAUGAUGGCGGCAUCAUCCCAGACACACCAGCCUCUCCUUCCAAAUGCAAACCCAAUGUUUUCAAGGUUGAGCAGUGUGUGGUGGUGGUGAGCUGCUCCUCUCUGCUCCUCCCUCUGCUGCUGCCUCGCCUCUACCCUCCUCUGUUCACCCUCUACUGCCUGCAGGAGGAGCAGGACGAGGCCCAGUACUGGGAACGCAUCCUCCGCCUCAACAAACAGCCCGACCAGUCCCUGCUCAGCUUCCUGGGAGUCCAGGAAAAGUUUUGGCCAGUCUGGAUGUCAAUUCUUGGAGAGAAAAAACAGAUCGUGUCCAGCAGUAAGGACGCCUGUUUUGUCUCUGCCGUUGAGACACUCCAACAAAUCAGCACUACGUUCACUCCAUCAGACAAACUCCUGGUCAUACAGAAGACGUUCGAGGAGCUGACGCAGGAAGUAAAACCUAUGCUGGACGGCAGCUUCCUGUGGUGCAUGGACGACCUUUUCCCCCUUUUCCUCUACGUGGUGGUCAGAGCGAGGAUCAGAAACUUAGGAGCUGAAGUGAGUCUGAUAGAGGAUUUGAUGGAUCCAAACCUCGAGCAUGGAGAAAUGGGACUAAUGUUCACCACACUGAAGGCCUGUUACAUCCAGAUCCAACAGGAGUCCAUGACAUAGAAGACACAAGGAGAAAGAUUCACAAAACUGGAGCUGCAGAGAAAAACAAAGCCCAGUUCGACUCAUUUUCUACCGGUAGAUGCUGCUCUAAGGUGGCAUUACUCCAAAAACAUUACCCCAUUUCAGUGGGAAAGUGAGUCUCACAGAUCAAACUCUUUAAGUUACUGAGCUUUUAUCGUCACAUUGUAUGAAAGAGGACAAAUGUGGCUGUAUUUAUGGUACAUUUGGUGUACCAGAUGUAAGACUGCCUCAAAGUGACAGCACUUUAAAGGGAAAAACAGCAGUUUCUCUUUACUCCAAGUCUGAACAUUCCACAAAAAUUUAGGAAAAAAAAACAGCAAACUUGUAAAGAUAGAUAUCGCAACAUUGGUAGAGCAUGAAAAAGUCUGAAGUAUUAUGGUCUGUUUAAAGUUUCAGCCAUGUUUCUAUGUUAAAGCAUGAGGAAGUAAUGUGGCU